GGCUACGUCAAUAACAAAUAUGGCGGCGCUCGGGGCAGCACGGGGCUUCUUCCUAAACUAUCCUCGGAUUACAAAUGUUCACAAAAAUAAACACAUUUUUAACAAGUGUUGCAUUAGGCCGUUUUGUAAAGAGGCAUCAGACAAUACUUCCACAGAACACCAUGCUAAACCCCAGUUCACAGACUCCCCAGUGCAAGACAUCCUUACCAAGAUCACAGGCCUGGAUUUACAAAAAGUCUUCCGGCCUAUUAAGCAAGAAGUGAAGCCUCCAGUUUAUAAACUAAUGACCGAUUUACAACUGGAGGAGGCGACCUAUCUGGCCAAAAAACAAGCACAAAAGCUUUUGAAGAUGCCCCCUGUUUUGCCAGAAAGAAAACCCAUUGAUGAUGUUAUAUCGGUGGACAAAAUCUUGGACGGCAUGGAUACCGCCAAAUUAGUAUUCACCGACAUAACGUUCAACAUCCCACACAGAGAACGUUUCAUCGUGGUCCGGGAGACUGACGGGGUCCUGAGGAAGGCCACCUGGAAGGAGAGAGACCGGCUCAUCCAGGUGUACUUCCCCAAAGAGGGGCGCAAGCACACAGUACCCCUCCUCUUUAAGGAGGAAAACCUCAAGAGGGUGUUCACCGAGGACCGCCAUGAAGAUGUCUUGAACUUGUGUCUGGUUCAGUUUGAGCCUGACUCCUCCGAGUACAUCAAGACUCACACAGCUACCUACGAGGAUUUGGAGAAGCAUGGCAAGUAUGAUCUUCUGCGCUCCACAAGACACUUUGGUGGUAUGGCCUGGUACCUGGUCACCAUGCGCAGGGUGGACAGACUAAUAGUGGACAUGCUGCAGAGAGAUCUACUAGAUGACGCAGUCAGCCUGGUGUCUCUCUUCAACAUGGUUCAUCCAAACAGUGAGUCUGCCCAGGAGGCCCGCAGCCAGCAGGCCAGUGGCACAGAUCUUCUCAAGAUUUUUGCUCAGAAGGAGUCCCAGAGGUCGGGCUACAUCGAGUUGGCCCUCCAGGCCCACGGACAGAACCAAGAAAGCUCAGCAGUUUCCCUGGAGCAUGUUUGAAGGAUACACCCCCUCCCUUGUCAAUAACUGUAACCACACACACAGGCCCGUCCUUGGUAGUGCCAGACUCGCCUUGCGUUUGAUUGGGACACUCCUAAUCUAAAGAGAGCCAACGUAGUUGGAUGUCCAGUAUGUGUCUUUUUCUUUAUUUUAUUAAAACAUAACAGCUAAACUCAUCCAUGGAAAGAAUCUUGCUGAUGUACAUAACAAUAAAAAAACAUGUAUUUAUA